AAAGAGACAUGUGGAGAAUGGGCUUCAUUCUUCUUCCUCUCAGAAGAAAGGAAAACUUUGCUAAGAACCCAAAUUAAGAAAGGUUGGCAACUUUUUUUAACCAUCCUAAUGGAAACAGCUUGCUUCUUUUUGAAACGAAUAUGACAAGAGGGUUAUAAAUAGGUAAACCUAUAGGUUUCUCAUUCUUUCCGUUCACCUCUCUUUUACCAUGACCACCAAAACCAGACUGUACAUUGCGUCUACCUGCAUCGAAUGCCGCAACACUUUCAACCGUCCGCAAGCCCUGAUACUUCACAUGGAGAGGAUACACGGUAUCUACCUCCCGAGUAGAAGGCCUGGUACGAGCCGUCCUCCGUCACAGCAGUAUGUUUACGAAAAAGCACCGCUAGAACCUGGAUCUUGUAUUGUUCACCAUGGUUGUCCUUCCUGCUGGGAGCAUACAGAUGAUCUUUCUCGCUUGAAGGAACAUAUCAUCGAUGAACAUUUGCAAACUUCCAUGAGUGACUAUGAAGAGCAACAAAGCGCUGAAAGACAGCGACGUACACAUGAUCCAACAACAUCCUCUAUCUAUCGAUCACAGGAACGUGGUAAUGCACGCAAAAGUGUGCCUACUGCAAGCAAAUCAAAUGUGAAGCCAUCUACGCGUCAACAACAACCCAAUACCAACAACUCAGCCUUCUCAAGCCAACAAGCACAAACUGAAUUAUUCAGUGUGUUGGACGAUCUCGUCAACAAUUUCAAAAGGUUGUUUUCAUCUUCCACGUCUACCUCGUCGUCCUCCUCGUCCGCCUCCUCUUCGCAGAACAACACAGCCACCGCUUCUGCAGCUGCUGGUCGUGAGGAUGAAGGAAUACAUGUUGAUCACCACCACCAUCACCCCUCCUCCCUCACUGCCACCGCACCUGAUAGCAGCAGCCAUUCUCAAUCUCUCUAAUUCAGCCCGUCUAGAAUGAAUAAAAUAAAAACCAACAAAAAUAAACAAGCUUUUUCUCUCUUUUUUUCUAUAUGAAUACAUUGUGCGCCCCCGCCCCCCCUCCCCCAUGGAUCACUUGAACCUAAACAGGGUCAAUUCAAGUGGAUAGAAAUGUUGUCAAGUGU